AUAACAGAAACCAGGUGAAUUUUCAUCUCAAAAAUUAAUAAUGUCUUCGGAAUUAAUUCUUUCUAGGAGUUUUUCUAAAAAUCCAAACUUUCAGCAGAGAAUGAAAAUGAAUUCAUGUACAUAAUUUAAUAACCAAUGAUUUGACGUCCACUUAAAUCAAAUGCAUAUAAUUAGUUAUUUAGUAUUAUUGAUCUUUAUAACAACGAUAAACUCAGAUCCUCAGAAUGACUUUAAUCAAAUUGACCAACCUACGAUAAUUGAUACACUAACUUUUCCACUAACAUUCGAUGAACUAGAGGCACCACAUGAAUAUCAACAGCCUCCUGUCGCAGAACAUCCUACAUCACAAAAUCUCCAAUCACCUGAUCCAUUUACCCUGCCACAGAAUGAUCUUCGCCAGCCUACUCGUAAAUCUAGAUAUCUUGAAAGACAGAAUGAUAGAAAUGAAUUUAAUUACUCAACAUUUGAAGUUGGUGAAUCUUUAUGUCCAAAUGUUUAUUGUUUUGCUAAGCGCCAGUCACCUUCGAAUGAGUUGAUGCUUGACUGUAAACGACAGUUGUCUGAAAUCACCGAUAAAGAUGCAACUAUUGAUUGUCAUGUUUGGCAAGUACCAUCACCAGGUACAGAUGCUAGUCAAUCACGUCCAUCUAAACGACAUGGUAAAGGAUAUGAUUUGCGUAUUGUUCUACAACCAUCUACUGUAAGUGCUGAAGAUCUUUCUAAUGGAAAUGGUAUUAAAAGAUUACGUAUAGGACAACUGAAGCCGGGUAUACUGGAGUGGAUUGUUCAAACUGUACGAUCAAGCCUGAAGAUGACAUUGAGUCCAGUUCAUUUGACUAUAUCAUUUAUCUACUUUAAAAAGCUUGGACGUAAUGAUUUAGGCAAUCUACCGACUAAAUCACAUGUGACACAUUUAAGUUUAUGGAAUCCUUUCAAUUGGGAUGAGGAUAGUUUCAUACCUUUUGUUGAUGAAGCAUUUCUUUCAUCAAACUCAUUGUCUCGUGCAACAGAAAUACCACCGUACUUUCGUCUUUCUUUGUUCUGUGAUUAUGAAAAUCAAAAUUCAUCAUUUAAGCGCCUAUGGUUUCCAUGGAAAAGUUGGCAGUUACGGCUUAAUCAUUGUCCUGAUCUUUAUUUCUGUAGAUUAUGGUAUGGUAAACAUCCUAUAUGUGAUACAAAAUACUCUAGUGAUCAGCCUAACUCAGCGAUGAAAACAUUUAUGCCAUCCUAUUAUAUAUCACCAAAGUCUGUGUAUAAUACAACGCAAGCAGUUAAACAAGAGACAGGCAUGCAAAUUUUGUACAAUAAUCAAUGUCAGCUUGAAGCUGAUCAGGCAGAUCCUGUGAACGAUUUGAAAUUUGAUCAUACUGGCCAGUGUUGGAAAACAGACGCAUAUGAGGCGGUUGUUGAUUCUAAUAUUAUUACCACCUCCAUACCGGUGACAGUUGAAUCAUCAACGUCUCCUGCUACCAGUCCAAUAACAACUCUCCAAACAACAGAAGAAACCACUGCCACUACUUUACUACAAACAACACCGGAAACGACUAUGUCUACAUCUUUGUUAACUACUAUGACUACAAUCAUAGAAUCAGUUACACACUCUACAAUACCAACGAAUACAAUCACAAACCUUAUACAGUCAACUAUUUCUAGUUCAGAAUCUCCAACUGAAAACAAUUUUGAAGUAUUUAUAACAGAAAAAUAUAACGAUGAUCUGUUAAAUGAGAACGCCAACAAUGAACCCGAUAAUAUUAAUAAAGAAGUAGCUUUCAGUGAACAAAUAAAUCACACUACAACAGUUUUCACUGCUAAAAACCAAGAUAAUUUAGUUAAAGAAACAACAUCACUUGGUUAUUUAACAAGUGGAUUAAUUUUACUUGGUAUUGUAAAUAUAAUCCUACUUAUAGGUUUUAUCAUCUUAGUUAUAUGGAUUCGAAGAAGAAUUCAAAAAAAUUCAAAAUCUCAUCCAAAUAAAUUAGCCAGUUACGGUCAGUUUCAUCCAGAUUUCCUAGGUACUGAUGUUACUGGUAAUAAUGGUUUUUAUGAAACCAGUACCCAUCCAUUAUUAAUAUCAACUAUCUCAGGUACCUAUCUGUCUGGAUCUCAUCCAAAAUUAAAUGUUCGGCAUAAUUCUUUUCCAGAUAAUUCUACAGUGAAUUUGCAAAAUGCUGAUCAAUUUCUACUAAUCAGUAAUAUAAAUCCUAAAAAUAAAAACUAUAACUAUGACAACAGUAAUCAAAGUCAACAAUACUUGUUAGGUCGGUCAACAUCGUAUUCUAGUAGCACAUGGAAUGGGUCGUUGAGAAAUGGUCUGAAUAGAAACAAUGAGAAAUCAUCAGUGUCUAACAGGAUUUAUCGGAACAAUAGUAAAGAAAAGUGGGAUUAUUCAUCCAACGGAUUUGCUGUUGAAUCUGGUCAGCAAAUCCAAUCAACACCAUAUUCUACUAGAAAGGAAUAUCAACCUAUGAAUUCUCAUCCAUAUUAUAAUAAAGGAAUAAAAUAUUCCUCACAGACUUUAUAUCCAUCUGUACCAUCAACAUCUUGCUCCACCUCGGCUAAUGUAUCAGCUGGUAUUCCUCAAAGGGAUAGAGAACGGAGACAGCUUUACGGUUCAAGAAGUCGUCUAUCAAGUGGACAUCCAUCACCAUCAUUGCUUCAUGAAAUUAGACGAUCCCCUUCAUCCAGUUAUCGAAGGCAUAAGAAAAGAUCAAUUUCCACUAGACCUCCAAUCGGUGCAGUGAAUAAGAAACCGCACACAUUGGUUUUUGAAAAUGAGAAUGGGAAUGAUGGAAAUAAUUGGCCAGAAAAUUUUAAAACAUCUUUACAUGAAUUGUAGUGAAUGCACCUGGAAUUCACCAUUUCACAUUCUUUUUAAGGUUCUUAUAGGUGUAACAUAUAAUAUUUGUUUGCUGUUGUUACAAUAUUGCGAGCCAGUUAUGCGGAGGAUACAUUUUUUCAAAUGUAGAAUGACAGAUUAUAUAUGUCCCGACCAAGUUUUACUUUUAACAGUUUGAAAAAAUUUGGGCAUUGGGUAUAUGAUAUUCAUUAUAAUGAAGGUUUAUGUAAUUCCCAAUGAAUGAAAAACAAAACGAUAUUGUUUUUUACUGACGUUUCCCUAUUUAGUGCUAAUAGGUUUAUCAAGGUAUUAUUAAACCAGAAUUUACAAAAUCUAAGCUUAUAUAUACCAACUUCAUUCCUCAGUUUGGGGUUAUUUUCGCGUUGUCAAAUUGGCCAAUCAAUAAAGAUAGCAAAACCAGGUGUAGAUUGUUGGAUUUGAUAAGUGUACAGUUAUAAAAGCACCGUGUGUUUAUAAAAUAAUAUUGCUUAUCACAUUCAUGUUGAAUUUGUCACUUCAUGGGGAAACAGAGUGUUGUAACCAGGUCAGAUUCUGUUUUUAGUCCAUCAUUCCUAUUCAUGCAAUUUGAAUUCUACUUUAUAUGAAGUUCUAAUAUUAGACAUUCUUUGUGAUUUCUGAAGUUUUUCUGGAUUAUUUCAAUAUUGUCAGAAUCAAUUUUGUGGCCUGAUUCUAUGGAGUGUAGACAAGCUGUGGCUGAUGAUUUUUCAAGUUUUUCUGGUUCAACCGGAUUCCUCAGUGGUCGAAGAGAUGCUCUACGGUGUUCGUUUUUUCUGAUUUUGACUUCUGGAGAUGUUUGUCCGAUGUAUAUCGCAUCACAUUCCAAGCAUUUUAUUUUAUAGACACAAUUAGAUAGAGAAUCUUUAGGGAUUUGGUCUUUGCAGUGUGUCUGGUGUUUUGAAGAAAACUCUAAUAUCUAGCUGAUUGAGUACUCUUCUGGUAUUGUCUGAUGUCUCCGCUCUAUAUGAAAUGACGACUGUUGAGGUCCAUGUUUUCGGAAUGCAUUUUUGGCCAUACUUAAUGUCUGUGUUGGUUUUGUUGAUGAAGUUCUUUAGGUAGUUGUUUUCCUUGAGAGUUUCAGUAAUGUUUGAUAUUUCUUCUUCUUUUUCUUUCUCAUCCGUUAUCAGCGAACGUGUUCAUCUAAGAAGACUUGAAACAACUGAAAUCUUUGCACUGAUGGGGUGUGAUGUUUUGAAGUCUAAAUAUUUAUUGGAGUGGGUUUUCUUCCUGAAUAUGGAUAUACUGAAAUGUCCGUUUUCCUUUCUCUUAACUAGGCAGCCUAGAAAUUGUGGUUCACCGACGUCUUAUUCUGCUUCCGAAGUAAACUGGAUUCUGUGAGAUACACAGUUUAUUUUCUCCAGGAAUGAAUUGUGUAGAUCUCAUUCUAGCACACAGUCAUAAUAGGUUCGUAGGAUGCGGGGUAGGAAAACUGACAAGUCAGUUCAAGGUCAUAAAAGGUGUCAGUUAAGUGAUGAGCACAAAGUGGUGUGUAUUAAAGGGGAGACAGUAAGACUGCAAUGAGAGGAUCAUAGUGAAAUAACGAAUGUGUGAAAUGAAAAGAGAUAACGUCACGACUAUUAAGUCCGGAUACUAUAAAUGGAAAAUUCGAUAGUAUUGAGAGAAUGUUUGAAUAAGGGGUAUAAAUUCAUUAUAAUAAAGGUAUUUUGUAUUUCCAAAUGUAUGGAAAACAAAAUGAUAUUGUCUUUACUAACUUUUCGCUAUUUAAUACCAGCAUCUGUAUCAAGGUAUUAUUAAAUCAGAAUCUACAAAAUCUGGGUUUAUAUAUAACAAUUUAAUGAGUUAUGACGAAUGGUAAUAAUAAUUGUAAGAAUAAGCAAAGAAAGGAAAAAAACAAGAGGGUUCAGAGGGAAAAACACUUAGUGAGAAGGGGAAAUCAUCAUUCCAACUUUGGCCACGUUAGGAACAGCGUCUGGACGUGUUCUUUUUGGAUACAAAGUUCCGGUUUAGCAGACGUAAGCGAACUGUACGUGAUAACGACUUUGAAAUUCGUUUGUAUAAGCCUGAAAGCUAUUUCGACG